GCCAACACUCCCGACUGCAACCGCUGACUCGGAGCUCGCUGAGACACCCGAGUCAGGCCUCCUUUCCAGAGAGACAGCCAACGCUCAACCGCAACAGCUGAGUUGGAGCUCGCUCAGACGUCUGAGUCAGGUUUCCCUUGAGAGAGAGCUCGGAAUGGCUUCGGAAACGCUCAACCGCUUCAGAUUUGCUCGAGGAAAGUCUGACUCAGGCCCCUCUCGCGAGAAGCAAACAAUGGGGCUUAGGGCGGCAAAAACUCUAUAUAAGGAGGUCUCAUUCCUCUUUUCAGAUCAGCCAAGUCUAUCAUCCUUCAGCCCUCCCUCCUCGCAACAUCCCAGCAGCAACUUCUUUCCGACCUGCAUACACUGUUCUGAAGCGCCCUCUUCAGAGCAACACCAACAGCUUCCUUCAGUCUGUAGGAGACCUUUACAGCAUGCUUUUCCUGCUCUGAGCGGGCCUCUUCCUGCCUGCGACCUCCUGCACGCGAGCACCGAUUUCUUGCAUAGUUAGGGAAGCCAGGAAGCCCCGAGCCAGUCUCAGCAUCCGUGCGCAGCUGCCCAACGCAGCUUGCAACAGCACCAAUACAGCUGCAACUGAAGACUGCUGGCAUGGCUUCUGACCCGCGAUCCCACUGGGAAAAUGAUCCUUCCUCCUCUGAGGAAUUGGAAGGAGAGGAUAUUGAAGGUGUCGAGUAUGCGCCCCGCUCUGUUGGCGGCUCCCAGUCUGGACGCUCGCUGGAGGAGUUCCUUCAAGACGAAGACUCUGCCAGCAUCCAAGGCCCGUCCUUCUACAGGGCGUUCAGCAAUGGGAAAAGCCUCAGCCUAACUCAGCUGCCAGAGGGCGUCUCAACUUUGCUCAGCAAGAAGGAAUUUGCUCCGGGUUACGUGCCCACCUCUCCAUUCGCUUGGACUUCCGGUAGCGCCUUUGGAAAGCGGAUAUGCAUAACCCCGCCAAGCAACUUCCAGGCGCCAUCAUCUCGUUGCAUCCUGCAAAACGUUGGUGGCAAGAGGCUCGCAAGUGAAGCUUCAGCUGGCAAUUGCAGUCCGAGUCCAACAUCGAGAAGGAGAGGCCUCGCAAAGAAGCGUCGGCGCGUCAUCCUCUCGCAAGACUCAGAAGACGAGCAGCCGGUGGCCCCCCUGCCUCUUGUAGAGGUGGCAAUCGGUCAACCCGUUGAUAGGGUGCGCGCAACUGAUCGCAGCCAAGAGCAUGGUUUCGCACAAGAGCAAGCUCAGAUCCCUGGUCGUGUGAUGGUGCACACCGAGCGUGACGGCACAAUCCAGACAGUGCAAGAGAACAAACUCGGAACGGCCUUCUUCUCCAAGCUCAGUCGAGCAAAGCUCCACUACCAAGACCCUAAGAACGGGCCGCAGGGUUUCAGCAAGCGGUAUGCUGCUCUCUGCGAGCACAAGGUGGAGCUGCAACUUCUCGACCACAAGGGCUAUCGCAGCUAUGGGUCGUACUCAGACUGGCCGACCGCGCGGGACUUCACUUCGCAGCAGCCUUUCCUCGAGGAGGUGCUUGUCGAAGGGAAACCCUGCAAGCCGUUCCUAGACAUGGAAAGAGAUCAGGGGUUGCCCGAGGGGGAAACUCUUGAGAGCAUCAUCAGCCAGUUUCAAGAGGCCAUCACGAAGAUCUUUGCGGAGGACUACGCAGUCGAGAUCCAAGAGCGGGACUUCAACUGGGUCCACUGCGACUACGGACCCGGCGGCAAGUUCAGCGUCCAUCUCGUCAUCUCAACGCAUGGGCCGCGACAAAUGGUCUUCCGUUCCAAUCUCGCCCCUAACGUUGACCCGCAAGGAGCAGGGCACCUUGCCCGUAGGCUUGCUAAGGUUCUCCCCCCGACCCUGGCUGACCUCAUCGACCAGAGUGUCUACACUCGGAAUCGAGGCAUCCGGAUGCCUGGUUGCGCAAAGCCAUCCAGACCCGACUGCCCCCUGCGUCCCCUGGACCACGCCAAGCCAUAUGCUGACAGCGUCAUCACCUGGCAAGGAGGUUGA